AUGGAUGAUGGUUUUGGCUGGCUUGGGUAUGAGGUACAGUUGGAGGUGGGCAAUGUGACGAAGAGAAUAAUGCCGAACCUUGCAUCAACUGAGAAUUAUGCUGAUAAUACCAUUGAGCCUCCAUCUGUCGAGACGGCACAGAACUUAAUAAGGCAAAAGAUAAUGGAUGCACAGUUUAAGUGUUAUGAAAAAAUGGUCAGAGAUCCUCCACUUAGUAAACCAGGCCCAUAUUGUAACAGAACCUGGGAUGGAUGGUUAUGCUGGGAGGACACCGUGGCUGGAACACUCAACAUGCAGAACUGUCCAGACUAUUUCAAUGACUUUGAUGAAACUGAAAAAGUGACAAAAUACUGUGAUGACAACGGGAACUGGUUUAAACAUCCAGAGACCAAUCGUACUUGGUCCAAUUACACAUUUUGUAAUAAAUUUGCAGAUUAUAAAAUAAAGAUGGCACGUAUUCUUUACUACAUGGCUGUUGUGGGUCACACACUCUCCAUAGUAGCAUUACUUAUUUCUUUGGCUAUUUUCUUCUAUUUCAAGAGCCUCAGCUGCCAAAGGAUAACACUUCAUAAGAAUUUAUUUUUCUCUUACGUCUUCAACUCGGUCUUUACAAUCAUCCAGCUCAUGGCAGUGGCUAAUGACAAGGACGUCGUCUCCCGAAACCCUGUGGGGUGUAAGGUGCUGCACUUCUUCCUCCAGUACAUGCUGGGCUGCAAUUACUUCUGGAUGCUCUGUGAAGGGAUCUACUUGCACACACUGAUUGUGGUGGCAGUAUUUGCUGAGGAACAACACCUGCACUGGUACUAUCUGCUGGGCUGGGGGUUUCCUAUAGUACCAGCUGCUAUCCAUGCUGUCGCCAGAACAAAAUACUUCAAUGACAACUGCUGGAUUAGUGUUGAAACUCACCUGCUGUAUAUUGUACAUGCCCCAAUAGUUGCUGCGCUCUUGGUGAACUUGUUCUUCUUACUCAACAUAGUGCGCGUCCUGGUCACAAAACUGAGAGAUACUCACCGCACUGAAUCCAAUAUGUACAUGAAAGCUGUCAGAGCAACUUUAAUACUUGUGCCACUGCUAGGAAUUCAAUUUGUCAUUAUUCCUUGGAGACCUGAAAACCGACUUGCUGGAGAAAUCUACGACUAUAUCAUGCACAUAUUUGUUCAUUACCAGGGCUUAUUGGUGGCCACCAUAUUCUGUUACUUUAAUGGAGAGGUACAGUCAGCUCUCAAGAGGCAGUGGAUGCAAUAUAAAAUGCAGUUGGGGCAGCGCAGGCGAGAUCACUGCUCCAUGCGCUCUACCUCGUACACAGCAACAUCCAUCACCGAGGUCCCUGUUUAUCUGUACCAUCAAGACAGCAACAGCGAACAUUUAAAUGGCAAGUACGUGGAGGAUGCGGAAAUCAUUUCCCUGCGAUCAAAAGAGACGUACGCUUGACAGGACGAAGGAAAAAAGAGAGAGGAAACAGAACAAGAAAAGAAACCAAGUCAUUUGCAUUUAUUCAUAAUACCACAAAACUCCAACAUCACUUUUGGUCUCUAACUCAAGUAGCUGGGCACAGCAGAUGUCGAGGGAGUUACUUUUUUGGCAUCAGGUGUAAAGGAAGAUGGUUAUUUCAAUAUCUCACACAGUACUGCUUUCAGAAACCUGAUUGAAAAUGGAGUUGGCCGCAGUAGACAUGCGGCAUUUCCAAGGCUGCUAGUUUUUUUUUAAAUGGAAGUCACACUCUGAAGGCCUAACUGAGAAUAAUUUGAAUAGUUUCUACCAGAUUCACUGACUGCAAGCAGAGCACCAAAGGGUGUGGAACUCAGCAGCAACAGGCUGUAUAAAAAUGGAGCCACACACCUUGUGGUUCCAACCAGAUUAACCAA